AAAAAGAGUCUGCAGUUUGACAUUGACGCUGGCCAGCCAGCUAUCUAACUAAAGUAGAAUAAUGGGAUCCUUGUCUUUAACUUCAUUAAAACAAAUUAUGCGAGCUAUGGUGGACAGUUCUGGCUUUGAUCGAGUCUUAAGUAAGGUUAACAUCGUGUCAGCCAGCCCGGGUAAAGUGGUGUGUGAGAUGAAGGUCGAGGAAGAGCACACAAACCGAGGUGGCACUCUCCACGGAGGGCUAACGGCCACGCUGGUGGACGUCAUCUCCACAACCGCACUGAUGUACACAGAAAGAGGAGCACCUGGCGUGAGCGUGGACAUGAACAUCACGUACAUGAACGCUGCCAAACUGGGAGAGGAUGUCAUCAUUACUGCCCAAGUCCUGAAGCAAGGGCGGACCUUGGCAUUCGCCACUGUAGAUCUCACUUCCAAAGCAACCGGAAAGCUCAUCGCACAGGGAAGACACACAAAGCACCUGGGCAGCUGAAGCUGUGAUUGUGAUGUAAUAAUGAGAGGGAAGUGCUAGACUGCAGGAAGAGAUGGACAUGCGGGAAUUGGCAGUAGCCACGUUGCCACGGUGUUCUUGCUAUAUAGAUCAUUUUUGUUGAAUGCAGUUCCUGUUCUUUUCCGUUGUAAAUAAUUACGGUACAUCCGUUGACUAAAUUAAACCACAGUAUAAUGUUUAACAGUGCUGAUUUUCCAAAGUUAAUCGUUCUCAAACACAAGAACCUGAGUCUAAACGUGCUGAUUUGUGCCUUUAUCUAGUGAAGUCUGUUUAAAAAAUACACAUUUAAGCACCAGGAACAAAUAAUCCAAAUGAAUCUUCCACUUGCAUUAUAAAUAUAAAUUGAAAUACUCCAUUUUCAUUAAUACCUUUGGAGCAACAUGUUACUGUCCAAAGUGUUUCUGAGAUGUUUGUGUAGUUGCCUCUUGGGAAUACCUGUUGUAUAUUAUCAGGACAAAUAUUUUAUUCCUAAUAACAACAGGUCCUUGAGAUAGGUCAGUACUUUGAAUUCUUGCAUUAACUUCAUUAAUUCAUAUCAGUAGCUGGAAGCUUAUUGCACAUUUUCCUAACAGCGACCAAGACUGGCACCUUUUAGUAUUAACCUACCUGUAACUGCUGUCGGCCAAUAAAGUGGACUACAGACUGACUGGGGUUGUUCAUGAAGUUGCAUGUUAAGUGUUUCACAUAGUUUCUGGAGUGGAAUUCAGACUUUACCAGAGGAUAGAAAAGACUUAUAAGAACACCUGAAUACAGACGUCCCUGCAGAUCUAAAACAACUACACUAGCUAACUUAUUCAUAUUAUGCAUUUGAAAAGAAUGUAAAAUGGCGGAUACUGCAGCUGUACUUUUUUGAUGGUGAUGACAUGUAUAAAUGAUUUUUGAGACAUGACCAUUUAGCACAUACCUGAACAGGCCUAGUACAUGCCUAAGAAGGUUGAUCAUCAGGCAGCUUCUGUCUAGAGAAGGGAAGACGGUAUCUACAGCAUCUAUGCCAUUGCUAGCCCGGGUGAAGUAUUUAUCCUUGGAACAUCCUAUAAUGUCCUGCAACUAAAAUAGUAAUGGGCAAGAAAGAGUCAAGUAAGAUGAGGCAGAAUAAUAAAUGUGUGUCUGUAGCAAUGCCACAGACUGUACACUAGAUGUCACCAAUUAGC